CGUGAGGGUGUGAGGAUAGCGGAGGACGGCGCCGGAGCGGCUCUUCUUUCCGUUUAAGCGUGCCUCCACAAAACAGUACAAACAAUGGCUGACAACAGUGCAUUAACGUCUCCUACUGAGAUAACUAAUUUGGCAGAUUCUUCUAUUUUUGAUUCUAAAGUUACUGAAACUUCCAAGGAAAACUUGUGCAUGGUUUCUUCUUCAAAUGUUGAUGAAGAAAUGCCUCAGGUUGAAACAAGACUGAUACUGGUCCAGGAAGCUGGGAAACAGGAAGAUCUUCUCAAGGCAGUAAAGACUGUUAAGAUAAUGGAAGUCCCCGUUAUAAAGAUAAAAGAAAGUUGUCCUGGAAAAUCGGAUGAAAAAUUAAUAAAAGGUGUUAUUAAUAUGGAAAUCAAAGUGCCCUGUGUAAAGAUGGACUCAAUGGAAGAAUUUGGAAGUUUGGAUUCCCCAGAAUUUGAGAACGUGUUUGUAGUCACUGACUUCCAGAAUUCUGUCUUCAAUGACUUGCGCAAGACUGACUGUAGAAUCGUUGGACCUCCAGUUAUACUCAGCUGUGCCCAAAAGGGAGAGUCCUUGCCAUUCUCCUGUCGGCCGCUGUACUGUACCAGCAUGCUGAACCUGGUGCUGUGCUUCACUGGGUUCAGGAAGAAGGAGGAGCUCGUGAAAUUGGUGACAUUGGUUCAUCAUAUGGGUGGAGUUAUUCGAAAAGAAUGUAAUUCCAAAGUAACACAUCUGGUGGCAAAUUGCACACAAGGAGAAAAAUUCAGGGUUGCUGUGAGCCUGGGCACUCCCAUUGUGAAGCCAGAGUGGAUUUAUAAAGCAUGGGAAAGACGGGAUGAGCAGUGUUUCUGUGCAGACAUUGAUGACUUUAGAAAUGAAUUUAAAGUUCCUCCAUUUCAAGAUUGCAUUUUAAGUUUCCUGGGAUUUUCAGAUGAAGAGAAAAACAGUAUGGAAGAAAUGACUGAAAUGCAAGGAGGCAGCUGUUUACCAGUUGGGGAUGAAAGGUGCACCCACCUUAUUGUUGAGGAGAAUGCAGUAAAGGACCUUCCAUUUGAACCUUCCAAGAAACUUUUUGUUGUCAAGCAAGAGUGGUUCUGGGGAAGCAUUCAAAUGGAUGCUCGUGCUGGAGAGACGAUGUAUUUGUAUGAAAAGACGAACACUCCCGAGCUCAAGAAGUCGGUGUCUCUGCUGUCUCUGAGCACUCCAAACAGCAACCGCAAAAGACGCAGACUGAGAGAAACCCUGGCUCAGCUCUCCAGAGAGACCGACCUCUCCCCUUUCCCGCCACGGAAGCGGCCCUCGGCUGAGCAUUCCCUUUCUAUUGGCUCACUCCUUGAUAUCUCCAACACACCCGAGUCUAGCAUUCACUAUGGAGAGACACCCAAGUCUUGUACUAAGUCUUCUAGAAGUUCUACUCCAGUUCCUGCAAAGCAGUCAGCCAGGUGGCAAGUGGCCAGAGAGCUCUACCAGACGGAGAGUAAUUACGUCAAUAUCCUGGCAACAAUCAUUCAAUUAUUUCAGGUGCCCUUAGAAGAAGAAGGGCAACGUGGUGGACCUAUUCUUGCACCAGAGGAGAUCAAGACUAUUUUUGGGAGCAUCCCGGAUAUCUUUGAUGUGCAUAUGAAGAUAAAGGAUGAUCUUGAAGACCUUAUUGUUAAUUGGGAUGAGAGCAAAAGCAUUGGUGACGUUUUUCUUAAAUAUUCAAAAGAUUUGGUAAAAACCUAUCCUCCGUUUGUAAACUUCUUUGAAAUGAGCAAGGAAACAAUAAUUAAAUGUGAAAAACAGAAGCCCAGAUUUCAUGCAUUUCUCAAGAUAAAUCAAGCUAAACCAGAGUGUGGUCGGCAGAGCCUUGUGGAACUUCUCAUCCGGCCAGUACAGCGACUACCCAGCGUUGCUUUACUUCUAAACGAUCUUAAGAAGCAUACAGCUGACGAAAACCCUGACAAAAGCACUUUAGAAAAAGCUAUUGGAUCACUAAAAGAAGUAAUGACGCAUAUCAAUGAGGAUAAAAGAAAAACAGAAGCACAGAAACAAAUUUUUGAUGUAGUUUAUGAAGUAGAUGGAUGCCCAGCUAAUCUAUUAUCUUCUCAUCGAAGCUUAGUACAAAGAGUGGAAACAGUUUCUUUAGGCGAGUACCCCUGUGACCGAGGAGAGCAGGUUACUCUCUUCCUCUUCAAUGACUGCCUCGAGAUAGCGAGAAAACGGCAUAAAGUUAUCGGUACUUUUAGAAGUCCUCAUGACCGCACCCGACCGCCAGCUUCUCUUAAGCAUAUUCAUCUAAUGCCUCUUUCACAGAUUAAGAAGGUGUUGGACAUCAGAGAGACGGAAGACUGUCAUAAUGCUUUUGCCUUGCUGGUGAGGCCACCAACAGAGCAGGCCAACGUACUGCUCAGCUUCCAGAUGACAUCAGAGGAGCUUCCAAAAGCGGACUGGCUGAAGAUGCUAUGCCGACACGUUGCCAACACCAUUUGUAAAGCAGAUGCUGAGAAUCUUAUGUAUGUGGCUGAUCCAGAAUCUUUUGAAGUAAAUACAAAAGAUAUGGAUAGUACAUUGAGUCGGGCAUCUAGAGCAAUAAAAAAGACUUCAAAAAAGGUUACAAGAGCGUUCUCUUUUUCCAAAACUCCCAAGAGAGCUCUGCGGAUGGCUCUCUCAUCGUCCCAUAGCUCAGAGGGAAGGAGUCCUCCCAGUAGUGGCAAACUUGCCGUGAACCGUCUAUCCAGCACAUCAUCCUUAGCGGGUAUUCCGUCUCCCUCCCUUGUCAGCCUCCCUUCUUUCUUUGAACGGAGAAGUCAUACAUUGAGUAGAUCUACAACUCACUUGAUAUGAAAUUUAAUCCACGGGAUCUCAUACUUCAAUAAGAUGCUGACGUAAAUGGUACUUCUUAUUAGCACUUGGUGAAAGUCUAAGCAACACUAACCAAUGCCAUUUUAUGUUCUUGAAAAACUACUUUUCUUAAAUUUUUCAAGAUAACCCAUGUAAAAAAAAAUUGAUUUCGAUGUAAUUUAUCUCUUUGACUCUCAUAUCCAAAGACCCGUAACUUAAGUUAUUCAUGA